AUGGCAGCAGGACCAUAUGGUGGUCAGCAGUACCAGCAGCAGAUGUACGGGAAUCAGCCAGUCGGUGCUCCUAUGUAUCACGACCACGACAAGAAAAAGAAGAAGAAGGAUAAAAAGCAUAAGAAGGAUAAGAAGCAUAAGAGGAGCGGUUAUAGUAGUAGCAGCAGUAGCAGUAGCAGUGACUGA